AUGAUCUGCCAACGUUGCCGAACUCACCUUCUCUCGCGAAUCCAAUUCCAACAGCACGUUGUUCGCUCGCCUUCAACAUGCGGUCCCUCGCUACUAGCUAAGAGCCAAACUCGCUUUUCAAGCACUGACACACCCAAAACUCCCGCCACGCCUCCUCCGCCAACGCCCACCAAACCGGGUAUCGGCGCCGUGAAUGUUUCUGCUGCGGUCUCGUCUGCGACACCGGGCGUCUCCCAGCCUCUAAGCACACCUACAGAUGGAGUGCCACAGCCUCCUGCAUGGGUCAACCCUGGUAAAGGCCCUGCAGCAGCAGCCGCUGCUGCCUCAUCGCGUGAACCAAGCAGCUGUGCUGCCGGUACCGUUAUGUCGGGACUCAAUUAUAUCAAGAACAAGCCGGAUAUCGUUGCGCUGGAAGACCAUGAGUAUCCAGAAUGGUUGUGGAAGUUGCUUGACAAUAAAAGCAACAAUAACAAGAAAGAUGGUGGUGUUGAUGUUAGCUCAUUGAACAAAAAACUACGGAAAAAGCACGACAAGAAGAUGGCGGCAUUGGCCGCUUCUCGUCCUCGCAAGAUACCCGUUCACGAACAAGCUGUCGAUAUCACGCCGGCCAAUUACAACUCCUCGCAAGAUGGCCCAAGAGAUGUUGUCGCCGAGGCUGCGGAUAGCCUCGCGAAGAGGGAGACAAUCACAAAAAGUGCUAGGGAAGCGAGGAGGAAGGGCAUUCGCGAGUCCAACUUUUUGCGUGGUUUGUAG